AUGGCGUGCAACGAGAAUGUUGUUAAAAAUAUGGCAAAUGAAGUCACAAGGAAUUGCCAGGCACAUAAUGUGACAGUUGAUCCAGAAUUUGUGACUUAUAUAAUAGACCUGCUCCUCCUAAACCCUAAGUAUGGGAAAUUGUUUGCCACGACUAUCAAUAGAAAUAAUUUGGCGUAUUUUGUAGAGGAGUGUGUUAAUAUGGUAAUCCGUGGAGGUACAUCACUAAACACACUGAAAAUUCAAUUCAUCCUCCAAACUAACUAUGACAAACUAGACAUUCUCAUUGAAAAGCAUGAGGACUCCAUCCACAAAUGUCUUCGGCCGUUGGUCAACGAGAUCUUGGACGUGGACCCAAAUCCGAAUGAUGAGGAGGAAUUCAAAAAACUGUUCAGAAAGAUUUCCAUUUAUAUUAUACUUAAAAGUGGACUGGGAAACCCUGGGUUUAUUGUGACUCUAAAAGAAGGAAUGGCCGCUUUAGAAAGUGUUUUUUCAAUGGACGAGCUGAAAGUGUUCGUGGCGUUACCCAGGGUGGAGAAAAUGGAACAACUCCAAGACCUACUGGAGAUCGUGUCUGGAGUCAGGCUAUUCAAUAGAGACUGUAAGAAAGGUGGUGAAGGGAUUCCUGAUCUGCCUUUCAAUCUAGUAGAUGCUGGUAAAGCAUGCCUGACGUCACUGUCUACUAGUCUCAUAACAAUAAUGCAGAGGGUGAAUACCCUCACAACGGCGAUACAAGACUGCAUAGAGAUACAGGACGAGACUGGAAACACUAUGGUGCAUGUUGGGGAAAAUUCUGAGGUCACUGUCGGAGAUUAUUACGAAGUAUUCGAGCUCUUGGCUUUUAAUCGUCAGUACGAGAUGUUCACCCGCAAGUUGCUGUUUGAUGUGGAGUACAUGACGAAGAGAGCCAAUGAUUACGUAAACAAAUUAAAAUCAGUGCUGGAGGAACUGCAUUCGGCUGUGAGGCAUAAGGCUGCUGUACCCGUAGUAGCAGUUUUUCCCCUCUUCUCGAAACUCUGGCAAGUAUGGCGAGCAAUGCAAAAUAUACUGUUUCUAAUUUCCACCGUCACCAGGCUCAUGUCAAUAAUGAGCAGCAUCCAGGAACAAAUCAACAUACCUUACGAGGUACUGGAGAAAAUGCUGAAAGAGAAGACUGUAAUAUCUGAUCAAGACAGGAUGAACAUUGAGGUGACCGUGGAAGAACGAAUAGCGCUAGCUGCUGUUAAGGGCUACAUAGCAUAUAACGAAGUUUCCGGGAUGAAAGAAAAACAUCUUGAGUUUUUAGGGUUCUGUGCUGUAUGCCUAAGUCUUGGUGCAUUGAUGCCUAGUAUCAUGAAAGUCGGAGUCAUUAGAGUGAAUGGUUGUUGCUAUGGAUUCUGCAGUGUCCAGAUGGCUCUCAAAUUCAGCGUUGAACCUCAAAGGUAUAUAAAUGAAGUGUUGGAGUUCUCCCGCAACCACCCGCAUUUAAUCAAUCUCCUCAACAUAGUAGACAAGGUGUUCUCGGUGAAGAAUUACGAGGUGUUGGUCUCGAAACGAGUGGCGAAGAAAAAAGUCAUCGAUCAAGACGUACAAACUGAGGCUCAUCCGGUACAGGAGUACCACGAGAAAAACUACACGUCAAACCUGUGGGAGUGGAAGAGGAGGGCUUGCCAAUGGGCUACAAUAGUGAACUGUCAGACCCAUUCAACCCAGACGCAUUAUAGCCACCUUCGCUCCGAGAUCCAAUGUCAGACCGUGGAGCCCCGUGACAAGUGUCUGCAAACUACAAAAGAACGGGGUAUUAACACCACGACCCAGAAUUAUUUCUUGUGGGGUUUGAGAGGAGUACUUGGAUAUGGGCAACAUAACAUGGAUCUAAGGACGCAGCAUGGCCCUGAAAAAUUAAAAGCUGCAAAAGUUACGACCUGCAAAUGGCCGUGUAUCGGCGUCGUGGAUGAUGAAGAUAAGGAAGAAUUCUCAUCAGAAAGUGGGGAUUUCUACAACAAUACCUUCGAACCGCAGGAACAGUAG